AUGGACAGGGAAACUCUGUGCCCUGCUAAAACGACGACGUGCUUUUUAAAAUUAGACUUAAUAAUUGAAAGCCCAUUGCGUAUGUUCAAUAUUGAAUUGGGCAUCACAGACAUUAAUGAUAAUGCUCCUCAUUUCCGACGGGACAAGAUUGAAUUGGAUGUUUCAGAGUCGGCAUCACCAGGAGAAAGAUUCUCUUUGCCAAAUGCGUUUGAUCCGGAUGUUGGUGCCAACACAGUCAAGACUUAUAAAUUAAGCGAAAAUGAACAUUUCACUGUUGAUAUUCAUUCUGGUAGUGAUGGAACAAAAUAUGUCGAUUUGGUGCUCAUGAAGGCUUUAGAUAGAGAGGACAAGGCCGUUCAUAACCUGAUCCUCACUGCCAUUGAUGGCGGAGUCCCUGCGCGCUCCGGCACAGCGAGUAUCAUCGUGCGCGUUCAAGACACAAAUGACAACGCCCCGCAGUUCGACCAGGCGCUUUAUUCUCUUAAUAUAAGCGAAAAUUCGCCAGCAGGCACUGUUGUUGUUAAAUUAAACGCUACUGAUGCUGAUGAAGGCCCAAACGCUGAUCUCACAUACUCAUUUACGCUUUACACUUCGGAGAAAACGCAGGAAAUGUUCUCUUUGGAUUCAAAUACUGGGGAAAUAGCAGUAAAGGGCACCAUUGAUUAUGAGGAUAUGAAAAUAUUUGAGAUGUUCGUCGAGGCUAAGGAUAAUGGGCCAGUUCCGCUGUCUGGUCAGUCCAGAGUCUCUGUGUAUGUUACUGACAUGAACGAUAAUUACCCGGAGAUCACUAUAAAAUCACUGAAGAAUACUGUUGAUGAAAACAUCCCAGUGGGUUCUGUUAUAGCUCUGGUUGGUGUCAGUGAUAGAGACACUGGAGAUAAUGGAAAGGUUAAUCUGACAAUGAACAGGGCCUUGCCGUUUCUUUUAAACCAAUCAUCUGAUCAUCUCUACGAGUUAUUAGUGUCAAAACCAUUAGAUCGUGAAGUUGUCCCAGAAUAUGAGAUCACGUUAGUUGUGACGGAUAAAGGGAAUCCUCCCUUGUCUGAUAAUGAAACUAUAACAGUGCAUCUACUGGACGUCAAUGAUAACGCGCCGCAGUUCCCGCAGACUUUCUACACCAUACCCGUUAAAGAAAACAACGCGCCUGGAGCUUUACUGGGCUCUAUAACUGCAAUAGAUCCAGAUUUAAACGAAAAUCAAUAUUUAGUGUAUUUCAUCAUAGAGAGGGAAAUAGCCAACACCUCCAUGUCCAUGCUGUUCUCCAUUAACCCGGAGAACGGCAAUCUUUACGCGCUAAAGACGUUUGAUUAUGAGAUAGAGAAGGAUUUUCUGUUCCACAUCGAGGCCAGAGACUCUGGUGUUCCUCCGCUCAGCAGUAACGUGACCGUUCACAUUAUUAUCAUGGACCAGAACGACAACACACCGCUUAUAGUGUCUCCGUGGCGCGCGCAGGGCUCGGAGGUGAAGGAAACCAUCCCGAGAUCCACCGAUAAAGGAACUCUGAUCGCCAAAGUCAUCGCCAUAGACUCUGAUUCAGUGCACAACUCUCGCAUCACCUACCAGUUUCUCCAGAACACCGACGCUACGUUAUUCAGCUUGGAUCAAUACAACGGAGAGAUCCGGACCAUGAGGAUGUUCAGCUACAGAGACUCGCGAGACCAGCGGCUGGUGGUGAUCGCCAAGGACAACGGAGAGCCCGCGCUCUCUGCUACAGUCACCAUCAAACUGUCCACGGUGGAGACCGCGCUUAAAACCUACACUGAGGUGCCUUUGGAGUAUGACAUCUUCUCGGAUUUAAACCUGUAUCUGGUGAUCGGACUGGGCUCUGUGUCAUUUCUUCUGCUCAUCACUAUAUUGGUGACCAUCGUGCUCAAGUGCCAGAAGGCGAAGCCCAGCAAAGCGGCUCCUCCGAGCAGGAACAGUGUGAUCAGCGAGAGGAACUCCACCAUCGCGGACUCCACUCUGGUCUCCAACGAUGCCUACUGGUACAGUUUAUUUCUAGCAGAGACGAGGAAAGGAAAGCUGGUGGUCAGACAGCCUGUGCCAAAGGGAGCGAGAUACAUCGUGUCCAGCAUCCCGAGGAGCACAGGACUGACCGAGACCAGCGACUCUGCUGCUUCUACUCUACAGACCUGGGAGGAGUUUUUGAUCUUUGUUAAAAAUGGAGAUAUUGAAGAAGCUUUUUAA